AUGGUCUCCUACUGCGGGACCGAUAGCACGACCGGACGUUAUUUUUCUUUCAUCUCAAGGAACUUCGAUCCAGAGCAAGGCUGCGCCGCGCAUGCUUUCGUUUCGCUUGAAUCAUCACUUGAAAUGACAUCAGCGAUGGAAAGGGCAUUCAAGCAAGGGUUUUCUUCUGUGUACGAUUGCGACUUAACAGCUGACGAGUACCUGGAAUGA